UGUUAACUCAUCUGGGAAGAGCUGUGUUUUAUGCGUACAUCAAGUUUGAGCACAUUUACUGGCAUUUGUUUUAGAAACAUCUACCGAGAUAGUUGGAAAAACCACAUAAGAUUUGAACUACACAAGCUUAUUAUAAACUCAUUCUAAACUCUUACAUAAUUUCAUGUGUAAGCGAUAUCUACAGAUGCCUCGAUAAACAUGGGGACAUYAGUGUUACGAGAUGCAAAAAUAUGGCUGACAAACUUCUGUUCGUUGCCAGACGACAUCAGAGAAAAAAUCGAACGAAAGCUUGGCCACGCUCCACAUGAAACCAAGAUUCAUUGGAAUAAACGGAGUUAUUCAGACAUUGAUCUAGAAGACCCGGCAAUAAGAAAACGAGAAGAAGAACUAGAAAAUCCUAAAUCAGAUGUAAAGAAACUUCACGCCUUACAAGAUAAAAUUCUCGUAGUUUUGAAGUCAGUGAAGGCAUUUCCCGGUGAUGUAAAGGAAAAGUUUGAGACGAGAUUCUCGAGUAGAGUUGAUGAGCGUGAAGACCUUGAGUUCAGUAACAGCUCCGAUGCUGAAGACUAUGAACAAGGUUACGAUAUUGUCGAAGUUCACAACUUUGUCUUCGUUAUCGGUGGAUCCGACGAGGGUAAUGGAGAUCCACUUGCCACUGUCCAAGCUUACGAUUGUUUUGAGAAAAAGUGGCUGAAAAUUGCACCACUACCGGUGCAAACGACGGCUUGUAGUGCCGCUACGGUGACCGGUAUACCUGCUAUCGUAGUAGUCGGAGGCUACGGGGGAUGGAAGGCUCUAAAUACCGUACAGAUAUACGACUUUGUAACCAAGAAAUGGAAUGUGAUACAGCAUAUGAGGAAAAGACGCUGGGGUAGUCUUGUCUUGGGGACGGAUCACGGGGUAUUUGUCGCUGGAGGAUGCGACCAGGGCAGUGUGUUACGAAGCACAGAGCUGUUCAGCAUCAAGCGACGAGAAUGGUACCGUCUGUCUUCGAUGUUAACACCCCGGUGUAAUUUUGCUGGUGCCUUGUUGGGUCACAAGGUGAUCGUGGCGGGUGGCGGCACGGGAUUUUAUUUCAACAGCGCGAUAAACUCCGUUGAAAUGUUCGACGGGGACGAAGGCAAAUGGUCUAAAUUACCUCCGAUGAAACACAAGCGUUACGGCUGCUCAGCUGUGCAGAAAGAUGGUUUCUUCAUUGUCGUUGGAGGUUGCAAUGAAAUUGGAGAGGAUGUCAAAGAAGUCGAGGUGUUUGAUGAAAAGACAAGACAGUGGUCCAAAAUGGCACCCCUCCCUAAAUCAAGUUCGCUUUGUCGAUCCUUGAUUAUUGAUUCUAAGUUGGUUGUCUUUGGAGCUGAUGGACUCAAUGAAAAUGCGUAUGAAUAUGACUUUGAGGACAAAAGAUGGCAGCCCUUUACAACGAUUCCUGGAGGGAGGAAUGCCUUUGCUGUAGCGAAUAUCGGCAUCUGAGUUCAGUGCAGGCACACAGGCAGCCCAGUUGCUCAAAGCCUGAUCGGGAUGAUCCGAGUGCAAUGAAUUUUUGUUAUAUAUAUGUUAUAUAUAUCUACACUCAAUUGAAGAAUCGUUGUCGGGUUCAGAAACAUAGAACAUAAAAGCUGAGACUAAAAUGGCACAUGGAAAAUGACAUAAUUAUAUUAUAAUUUAUUCAUUUGCUUUAUCCAUGAAGUCGGUUUAGAAUGUCAAACGCGUAUUCAGAAGACCUGCGUUUGAGAGUGGAUGAUGCCACGGGCUGCCCGUCAAAGCAUUUCAUCUAAUUAACGUACUUCCCAUGUGCCAUUUCGGUCUCAGCUUCUAUGUUCUAUGUUUCUGAACCCGACAACCAUUCUUCAAUUGAGUGUAUAUAUAUAAUAUACAUAAAGCCAGAAUAUAUAUUAUAAUAUAUUCUGGCUUUAUACAACCCAAAACUUCACCAACCAACUUGUAGAUAUAUUAUAGUGCUUUUGGUUUAGCUCUUUAGCUAGCUAACUAAAUUGUUUUAUAUAGCUUUGCUUUUUGGCAGGUAUAUUUUUUAAAUCAUAGAAGGAAAUGACAACGAAAUUCGUUGAAUCCAGUGUAAAUGAAUUCGUUUAUCGAAGCAAGGUAUUUAGUUUUGUAAGAUGAACAAGGAACUUUCUAGAGCUGCUUGUGCGCAAGGGUGCGAUGAGGUGCGGGGAAUCUGGCAAUGAAAGAUUUUUUCCCAAGUAGAACUUUGAACGCAAUCAAAUUUAAGAAAAAGA